AGCAGCUUCUCCGAUGACAUUUUUGGUUUAAUAGGCUCCUAUAAGGCAGCAGGACACUGAGCCACCCAGCCUCUCUCCUGCUACAGCGUAUUCUCGCUCAACUGGCACGUGACCCGAAAUUGGAUACUGGCUGACGUCAUCCAAUGCGACGGCUCCUGAAGCCACACUGCCACCGUCUCGCUUUGUGAAACACUGUCAGAAGUGUGAUCGAGUUCAGAAAGAAUCUUAUCGGCAACAGGCAGACAAGAAAAUGAAGAAGAUGCCAAAAAUGUAUCCAGCCGGCCAGAAGAGUUUACAGAAAGAACAUCAACGUGAAGAUGAUGUCUCUGAAAAGAGGAACAAAAGAAAGGGCAGGACUAACAUUCAGAGACCCCGCAAAAUUAUAAACCGUAUCAAGGUGAAAGACUGUAAUCCUCAAUAUAUGGGCCCAGAUGAAGACUUAAACAGAUUGGGCUCCAGUUUGGGCAGACGCUGCUCCUUGAAGGACAGUAAAGCCCACAAGCAGUCAGAAUCCUCGAAGACUAACACAGUGAGGCCUGAGAAGAAAUUGUGUCCAAAUCAAACUGGAGAAGAUUUUCAAGAGAAUGACAACUUGUCCUCUCUUCAGGCUCGUACACAAAUUAAACAACCUGAUAAGAAUAGGAAGAAACUGGCAUCUGCAACAAAGAACUUGGUAACGGCCUCUCAGCACCCUAGAUUUCAGCCCAUUGUGAAGCUAACAAGGAUCGAUGCCAUCAAAUGUCAAGGAGUGUACAAUCUAAAUCCAAUCCGCCAACAGUGUGUGAGAACAUUUAAAUACAAAUUGAAUUCUAAGGAUAAUGGAGGGAUUCAUGGGAGUAAGAAGCCAUAUCACUGUCCUGAAGGUCGGAAACAAUUCUCAGAUAGUCACAUGCCUAAGAAACGCAGAGAAGAUAAUACAGGGAAGGAGCCAUACCACCGUUCUGAAUGUGUUAAGAACUUUUCAAAACACAGCUAUACCACAACUCCUAUUGUAGAGAAACCAUAUUUGUCUAAACGUGGCAAACAAUUCUCACAAGUGAGCCACCUUCAGACACAUAUGAUUGGUCACGGAGGACAGGGUUUAUGUCGUUGUCCAACAUGUGGUAAACAUUUCUUUGACAGGAGCAGCCUUUGCAGACACAAAAAAAUUCACACUGGAGAGAAACCAUAUUGUUGUUCUGAAUGUGGCAGACGGUUCUCACAAUCAAGCCAUCUUCAUGAACACAUGAGAGUGCACACAGGAGAACGGCCAUUUUCCUGUUCUGAAUGUGGCAAACGGUUCUCGCAAUCAAGCCAUCUUCAGACACACAUGAGAGUGCACAAAGGAGAACAGCCAUUUUCCUGUUCUGAAUGUGGCAAACGGUUCUCACAAGCAGGCCAUCUUCGGACACACAUGAGAGUGCACACAGGAGAACGGCCAUUUUCCUGUUCUGAAUGUGGCAAACGGUUCUCGCAUUCAAGCCAUCUUCAGACACACAUGAGAGUGCACACAGGAGAACAGCCAUUUUCCUGUUCUGAAUGUGGCAAACGGUUCUCACAAUCAAACAUUCUUGAGACACACAUGAGAGUGCACACAGGAGAACAGCCAUUUUUCUGUUCUAAAUGUGGCAAACGGUUCUCACAAACAGGCCAUCUUCAGACACACAUGAGAUUGCACACAGGAGAACAGCCAUUUUCCUGUUCUAAAUGUGGCAAACGAUUUGCAAGUAGCAGUAAUCAUCUGAAACAUUUAAGAGUUCACACUGGUGAGAAGCCCUAUUGCUGUCCUGAAUGUGGCAAAAGAUUUUCCAACACAAGCAAUUUUCUGUGUCAUGCAGAAGUCCACAAUAAAGACCAUCUUUAGGCCUGUUCUGAAUGUGGCAAGAAAUUCUCACAAAGAAGCAGUUUUCAUAUACAUAUAAGAACACACAUGUUUGAUAGAGGCCAUACUCGUUUCCUGAUUGUGACAAGCUAUUCACCGAUAACAGCAGCCUUCAUAGACACAACAGAAUUCAUUCUGGAUUACGGCCAUAUUGUUGCUUUGAAAGUGGCAAGCAAUUCAUACAACCCUGCAGUCUUCAGUGACACGUAAGAAGUCACACAGGAGAAAAGCCAUAACGUUGCUCUAAGUGUGGAAAAACAUUCAUACAGAAAACUCAUCUUCAAGGAUACAUGAAAAUUCAUGCUAAAAAGGCAAAGUCCAAAGAGACUGUAAAUAACAAAGAAAAAUCUGAAAUAAUUCAGUCAGGUGUGGAAAGAAAAUUGGAAUUGCUCUGCUAGUUGGUUACACAGAAUGCAUUUGACAAAAAGUUGCAGACUCAUUUUAGGCAACCCUGCUUAUUAAUUUACUGUAAGUGGCUUUUGCACUAAUGACUAUUGCACAUUGUACACAGGUCUACUUUACAAGUUCUAAUGUUAUUUAUCUUAUGUUAUACUUCUAUGCUUUUUCAUAUUUUAUUGUUCUACGAAGUUGAGAGAGAAACAGUAAAAGGCUAUUUGAUUUGA